ACUGCCGAUCCAGUCACGAUUUCUUGUUUCCAAAACCCUGCUUGGCGUAGCUCCGCACCAAUACCCUUAGGUGGCAUCCUUUCAAACUUUUGAAAGUUUGGAAGGAGAGGAAGAUGACAGUAUGACGUGAUCUGGUACCCACAAGGGGUUAGGUGAUUUUUCUCGUCCUGCUUUCUCAUCUGGUAUUAUUGUAGUAGACUCUGAUAAAAACGGCGGACGAGGGAGGAUAAGGAACAGAACCCAUUCUCUCUUUGAAUCCUCCAUUAACGAUUCAGAAGAUUUUGUGUUUCUGGGUUGAUAAAAAAUGACAUUCUUAGAUUCACUCACACCAGAGAUUGUGGGUGUUGCAGUGGCUUUUGUCGCCAUCGGCGCUGGUGCUGCGUAUUUCUAUCUCAACAAGAAACCCAAAGGUUGUUUAGACCCAGACAACUUCAAGGAGUUUAAGCUGGUCAAGCGGACUGCACUUAGCCACAAUGUGGCUGAGUUCCGAUUUGCUCUUCCUACACCUACUUCAGUGUUGGGUCUUCCGAUUGGCCAACAUAUGAGUUGCAAGGGAAGGGAUGGCAAUGGCGAAGAAGUUAUCAAACCUUAUACUCCAACUACUUUGGAUUCAGAUGUUGGAUACUUUGAACUUGUUAUAAAGAUGUAUCCUCAAGGAAGGAUGUCCCACCAUUUCAGAGAGUUGCGUGUAGGUGAUUACCUUGCUGUAAAAGGACCUAAGGGUCGUUUCAAGUAUCAACCUGGGCAAGUAAGAGCUUUUGGAAUGCUUGCUGGAGGCUCUGGCAUUACUCCAAUGUUUCAGGUCACUAGAGCCAUAUUGGAAAGCCCAAAAGACAAAACCAAGGUGUAUCUUAUCUAUGCCAAUGUCACAUUCGAAGAUAUUCUUUUGAAGAAAGAGCUGGAUGGCCUUGCAACUAACUACCCUGACCGCUUCAAAGUCUACUAUGUUCUGAAUCAGCCUCCUGAGGCAUGGAAUGGCGGUGUUGGUUUUGUCUCAAAGGAAAUGAUCAAAACCCAUUUACCAGCACCUGCAUCUGAUAUUCAGAUUUUGAGGUGUGGCCCACCACCCAUGAACAAAGCCAUGGCUGCUCACCUUGAUGACCUCGGAUACACCUCGGAGAUGCAGUUCCAGUUCUGAUUUUUCCUAGGGUUUAUCCUUUUAUUCCUCAUGAUUACCAUGCGAGGAAAAAGGAGUCCCGUUAAUCCAUGGGUUGAACAAGAAAUACGUUGCCUUUUGACAUUUUCCAGUGGAAUUCCUUAGCGUGAGAACGUAUGCAAUUCCUAAUUUUCAGACUAGAAAAAAUAAGGGGAAAGGUGAUAUUCUAGUGUAGCUUUUUUAUUCUUUCUGAAUCAAACGUCUCCAAAUCCUGGCCAAUUAUAUAGAAUUCACAUCAUGAUGGCCCUUUGAAGAGUAGUAUCACCUUAAUUUCUUCUUACA